AUGUGCAGUAGAACAAAUGAAGUAUCCGAAGUGAACAUUGAAAGAAUUGUUGAAGAAGUUGUUGCUUUGACACUAAUAAUACAAGUCGAGGUCAAGCGCUCAAUGUUAGAACUCACUAAUAAGGUAAUGAGUGAAGUGAGUUCCUUCAUGAAAGAUGCAAGACAACAUCUUCUUGUGGGACAUAGAGAUGUAAAUGCAACUAAAGGGGACAAGGCAUUGAAAAAAACCCAUGAAGGUGAGAAUGUUGUGACCAAGAAGGGUGAAAAUGUAGCAAAUUAA